CGUCUAGAAGCCUCGUCGGGAUCUCGCCGCGGAGUUUUUUUUAUCAAGUAAUCGAGACCGGCUCAUAAUGAACCGAAGCUUAUUAGUGUUCUCGCUAGUGUUGGUCCUGCUGGUCGCCGGCACGUUCUCUCAAUUGUUUUACAAAAGCGGCAACUGCCCGAUGAGAAACACCGUGACCAAUUGCGGCUCCAGGUGCAUGGGUGACGGAGAGUGUCCACACGAUCAAAAGUGCUGCCCGAACAAAUGUGGCUUCACAUCGUGCGCCAACACCAGCCCCGUCAACACUGGCAACGACGGCGGGUACAAGGGCUCGAGCAAUCAGCAGGUCGUUUACUGCAACGGGGUGAGGUGCGCCCCGUACGAGAAGUGCCAGUACGAUCGCAUCACCAGGCGCGACAAGUGCACGCGCGUCUAAAGGUCGAACUUCCCGGUCGUCUUCGAACGGGAAAAAGAUGAAAGGUAAGUCAAACUUAAACGCGCGUCUCGAUAAUCGCAACGCUCGAUGUCGAGCGGUCAACAUUAGUCGAUAACCGACAACGUAGCUGACAGAAGCCUGAGAGCUGCCACGGCCGGGUUUUAGAUGAUCCUCGAAUACGAUACGACCUCUGUGGACAUUGGAAAACGUGGGCAUGAACUACCAAUAUCCACAAUUUGCCAAGUGGGUAACGCAAAGCAAAAUUUUGUAUCAAACUUGUACUCUUUUUGCCGACAAAGUUUGUAGUAGAUUCUUCUUCAUAAACUUGACUGUCUAUAUAUUUUAUUAUAA